AUGGCCGAUACGUUCGGCGACAAGGCCGCGCACCCGGAGAAGACGAUCGCCGAGGCCUCCGCCGCGGCCACGGCCGCCUCCGCCACCGCGCCGACCACUUGUCCGCAGCGUCCGCACGAGGAGGCCGUCGAGGACCUGGUCGUCGUCGGCGUUGGCGUCGUGGAGCGGCUGGUAGCGUACAUCCGGGCGCACGGGGAGGGGUGCUGGCGCUCGCUGCCCAAGGCGGCAGGGCUGCUGCGUUGCGGCAAGAGCUGUAGGCUACCGUGGACGAACUACCUCCACCCGGACCUCAAGCGCGGCAACUUCACCGACGACGAGGACGAGCUCAUCAUCCGCCUCCACAUCCUCCUCGGCAACAGGUGGUCUCUGAUCGCCGGGCAGCUGCCGGGCCGGACGGACAACGAGAUCAAGAACUACUGGAACACGCACAUCAAGCGCAAGCUCCUGGCCCGCGGGAUCGACCCGCCGACGCACCGUGCGCUCGGCGCCGACGCCGACGCGUCUCCCGGAGUCGCGGCGCACCACCGGGCGGCGGCGGCGUUGCUGCACCCCAUCGUCGUCCCGGCCCCCGUCAAGUUCGCUGUGAAGCCGCCGGCGCCGGCGGAGUCGUCAUCCGACGACGGCGGCAGCAGUAGCACCGGCAGCAGUGGCGGUGCGGGGGAGCCACGGUGCCCCGACCUGAACCUCGAACUGUCCGUGGGCCCGCCGGCGGCGGCGGCGGCCGACACGCCCACCACGCAGUCGCAGUAG